CGAUGACUCAGAGUACACCUCUCUCUCCCAUCUCAUAAACCAGCAUACCUGAGUCGUCAGGCGCAGCGGUUGCCAGGUGAGGUCAUAAUGACUGAGGAAGACUCCUUCUCCACAGCAUUUAAAUGAAGAACAAGAAAGCUGCGCGCGCCCUAAAGCGACAGCGUGACGGGUCGGUGCCAGGAUGAGGGGAGAUCUCGGGCUGGUGAUGCUCUGGAUGCUGUCUGCAGCUAAGGAAUGUGAUGGUACAUCUCCACCAGGGAAACCUGCUCUGGUUGGUUGCAGGUCUCCGGAGAAGGAGACGUUCACCUGCUGGUGGAAACCGGGCUCUGACGGAGGACUGCCGACCACGCACCGCCUCUACUACGAGAAAGAAAAGGAAGAGGGAAUCCAUGAGUGUCCGGACUACCACUCAGCAGGAAAUAACUCCUGCUUCUUUGGCAAGAACUACACAUCCAUCUGGGUGGAGUACAGUCUGAGAGUGGUGGCCUUCAACGCCCUCGGGAAUGCCUCGUCGGACACAUUAGACAUCGAUGUUAUGAAAGUCUUAAAGUCUGAUGCUCCAGAAGCCGUCACGGUGUUGGUGGAUGAGAACCUCAACACUCCCUGUCUCAAUAUAAGUUGGAAACGUCCUUCAAAGGUAGACGUCACAAAAGGCUGGGUCUCCUUAACAUACGAGCUGAGAGUGAAAGUCCAAACCGGCCUAGAUUGGAUGAUGUUCUCUGAAGUUGCACAAAACUCACUAAGAAUGUACAAUAUCGAACCUGGGGUGACCUACGAGGUUCAAGUGCGUUGUAGUCUGGACCACAGCUCCUGGAGUGACUGGAGCAAAGCCACUUUUGUAGAAGUCCCAGGCUAUUUUCGCAACCAGAGACUUGUUUGGACACUCGUCUUUGUAUUCUCUUUAAUCCCUUUUCUGGCUGCAAUUUGUAUCUUGAUCCUGAAGAGGAAAUUAGUGAAGCAGUGGAUUCUGCCCCCUAUUCCCGGCCCAAAGAUAAAAGGACUUGAUGCUCAACUGUUCAAGAGCGGGCGAUCCGAGGAUGUUGCCAACGCUCUUAUUGCCAACCAGAACUUCCCUCCCACGUCGGUGUGUAUGGACCAGACCGAGGAGUACCUAAUGGUGUCUGAGAGCAACGACUGGCUUCUAACAGAUCCCUACAGAUCUCAGAGAAAGAAGAAAAGCUUGCUUACUCCUUCUGAUUUAAACUUAGACCCAGAAAUCCAACGUGAAGUUUCAACUCCAGGCCACAGUGACCGUGAAAAAUCAAAGAGCAGCGAAGAUGAAAAGGAUGACUUUACACCAACCAGUAGAUGUCAAUCCAAGGAAAACAUGUCUAACACUGAGCCGCUGCUGCUGCUGCCUCCUGAGAAACACCAAAACUCAAGUGUAAACGUUGUAAACGAAGAUGCAGCUUUACUGCAGACAACUUGUGAGAAUGUUGUCCAGGCCGUUGCCGGCUAUGUGGAUAUUCAGCAAGGUGAGAACACGCAGGAGGUGGGCGUGGAACAGUGGGACUACAGCCAGGUGAAGGAGGUGGACGAGACUAUUCUCCUCAUCAAGAGUGAUAACCUUCCCAUUAGCUCGGCCAGCCAGCCACGGGAGGGGAGCGUGGCAGAGAGCGUGGCAACAGACUAUAGCAGGGUCAAAGAGGUGAAAGGUGACAAUAUGGUUAUCCUGCAUAAAGACUUGCACAAGUCUCUCUGUAAGAAAAAAGAAGCUCUCGACACAGAGUGGACCAAUCAGAACACAAAAAUGCCGCAUUCGUCUGACUGCAGCAAAGGAAUGUGCUUAGAAAUGAUCGGUGACGGAUACGUAGAUUCUGUUCCCAGGUUUUCCACCGAGUGAUUUGUGACUUUGGUCCUUUAUGGGACGUCGAGUUCGACGACACGGCGUGCUGAUCCUCAUUUUGUUUUGGUUUUCAAUCAUGAAAUGAAGGUGAACAUUUGCUGGAUGGAUUUGCACAAAAUGUUGAUAUCCUGGGUCCAAGAAGACAUAUCAGCUGUUUUCUUGUGUUUUCAACAGAUUGUUAAUUUUUCUACAGGUCAACGUGUCCAAAGACACUCUUCUCAUCUCUUGCUGCAGUUUGGUUCACAGAACUGUCAAACCGGCUCAUUUGCUCCCAGUUGUGCACCACAUUAGUGAACAAGUGGUACAGCUUUAGCGACAAUCAGGAAAAAAACCACCCAUCACCAGUUUCGAGCUUUAAAUGUCGUCACUGAAACGGUUUGUGGUAAAACUCAUUCCACACUACAGCCAAGUAUUACCAGCAGAACCACUUUAGACGUGAUUCUUCCUGCUGGAUGGGGCUUCAUUUAGUUUGGAUAAGAAAAAUAAAAGCAGACUGUUUAUGGUGAAUAAAUAAUAGGUUAUUUAUUAAGAUGGAUAUUUUAAUCACCAAAAUGCUGCUAAUUUAAUUACAACUAGACCUCAACAAUGAAUAUGUUAUUUGAUAUUACAAUAAGUUGUUUUACUUUGUGAUUUAAUAAAUGUAAACAUCUUUCUGCAGCUUCAUAGAAACUAAAGAGAUGGCAACUUAAAAAAAUAAAAGUGAAGUUAAAUCCUG